AUGGUGCCUUCCCCCUUCUUCACCCCUCACCCUCGCUUCGGCCAGGUAACGCCUCCCCGGCCCCUAAUUAUAGUGGCAGGCGUGCCCAGCACUCUCUUGCCAUGCCGUUACCGCCACCACACAAGGCCUACCUACCACCGCACCCUUGGCCUCAGGUACCGCACCCCCAACCCCACAUGGCACCGCGUGGGAAGUUUCCUAACCGGUGGUGCUGAAAUCGGCUGGAAGUGCGGCGCAGGAGUGUUUCAGAAUAUGAUCCUCAGGAAGAAAGUGGCUUGCUCUCCCUCAUGCCUGGCUCUCCUCGACACUUCACUAGCAGGCCCGCCACAGCCCGGCCCCGACACGCCACGCCUCUGCACUCCGCUGCUCGCCAAACACUUGCCCUCCGGCUCAACUAUAUACUGUAGUAUGAUACAUAGUAGCUGUAAUCGUAGUCGUAGUUGUAAUCGUAGUCGUAGUAGUAGUAAUAGUAGUAAUCGUAGUAGUAGAGAUAGUAUUAGUAAGUAUACUAUAUGUGCAAGAUUCCCUUCCGUGCUGGAGGUAAUAACAAGUGACACCUCUGAACAGACAGUGCUGGUGGCCGUGUGUGUGGUGGUAGUGGCGGUGGUGGGUGUGACAGGAGCACACCUGCCCUCCUACCCCUCCUACGCGGCGCCGCCCUCUUACUCCAGGCCCUCCUCGACGCACCAGACGGACUACCCCACCAUCCCGCCUAAUUACACCUAUGACUACGGCGUGACUGACCACUACUCCGGCGCCAACUUCGGCCACACGGAGAGCCGCGAGGGGUACAAGACCGAGGGCAGGUACACUGUGGACCUCCCCGAUGGCCGCAAACAGAUCGUCACCUACGUGGACAAGGGCGACGGCCUGGAGGCUGAGGUGAUCUACGAGGGUGAGGCCAAGUACCCUGUGUACAAGCCUGAGCUCAGUUACAAGCCUGCUCCUGUAUACAAGCCUGUCCCUGUGUACAAGUCACCUCCCGUCUACAAGCCUCUCUAUUCAAAGCCAUCUGUGUAUUAUACUUAGAGUCCUAUUUCCUUCCUUCUGCCAGCCACAUACUACUGGGAAAACUCUAACUUGGUAUAAGCCUGAGUGAUGAAAACGCAAAACUGUGUGUGUGUGUGUGUGUGUGUGUGUGUGUGUGUGUGUGUGUGUGUGUGUGUGUGUGUGUGUGUGUGUGUGUGUGUGUGUCAGACUUCCUUUUACCUAAGAAUCAACACUUUUCCAUGCUAUCAAAAUACUUCAUCAGUUUUCCGUUUUUUUUUUUUUUUCAUGGAUUUCUUAUAUGAGUUUAGAGUUUUCCCAAUAGUACUUUCGCCCCGCUGUGCCCUGUUGUGUCCCGCUCAUGCCACGCCUCAGCACUGCCUCCCGCCGCCCUGCUUCAUCCCCUCCAUGCUGGUGGUUCCCUUAGAACCGUUCAUUAGGUCGUAGUGAUGUCAUACCUCUCAGGAAGCUUUGAAAUUCACAUGAGCCGUUCUAGAUUUAGUAAAGAUGUUUAUGUUUUCUCUUGUUCUCAUUGCUCAUCCACCAACUCAAGCUAUGGUAUCCGUCUGUCAGAUUACGUAAUAAAUUUUACUAAGUAGUCCA